AUGUUGCGAGAGACAAACAGGAAGACAUGAGAGAUCGUGACUCAGGCGUGAUUGCCACAAAGUAAUACAUGUUGUAACAAAAAUCUGUUAUGAAACCACGAAAAUCCAACUGUAGAAUAAUAGCUGGCUUCCUGACUGUUUUAAUUGUUUUGCUUGCUGCUGUCUUAAAUCAUUUGGAGACCUCUGAGCCGACCGCUCUUCCCAGAAUGGCAGAGGACAUGAAGACGCUAGAAGAGAACUUCAGACAGAAAAACAAAAGCUGUUUCAUUCUUGGGGCAUCGGGUGAGACUGGCAAAGUGCUGCUGAAAGAGAUUGUGACCAAGCAGAUCUUCUCAAAGAUCACCCUGAUCGGACGACGAAAACUGACUUUCGAAGACAAAGGUUCUGAAAACUUAGUUCAGGAGGUGGUAGAUUUCGAGAAGCUAGAUGACUAUGCUGCCGCAUUCCAAGGUCAUGACGUUGGCUUCUGCUGCUUAGGAACAACAAAAGCCAAAGCAGGAACAGAAGGUUUUGUACGUGUGGACCAUGACUAUGUUUUAAAGUCGGCAGAGCUGGCAAAGGCUGGUGGUUGCUCCCACUUUACUCUGGAGUCUUCAAAAGGAGCAGAUAAAAACAGUGGUUUCCUCUACCUGAAAGUAAAGGGCCAGGUUGAGGCUGAUAUUGAGGAACUUGGCUUUGAUAGAUAUUCAGUCUUUAGACCCGCAGUUCUUCUGGUUGACCGACAGGAAUCUCGACCAGCGGAGUGGUUAGCUAGGAAGUUUCUCGCCCCCCUUUCCCUCGUGUUCCCCACGGCCUUGUCGAUACCGGUUACAACAGUGGUCAGGGCUAUGGUGGUGAACGUACUCAUGGAAGGAGAGAAAAAAGUGGAAAUAUUGGAAAACAAAGACAUCUUUAACCUGGGAAAACUGGCAGAAAAGACAGAGAAAUAACACAAGGUGGAAAACCAAUCCAUUAGGGGUGUGUGCAACAUGCCACACGAACUGUGAUGGUAAGUGGUCAGGAUGUAUUUGGAAUCUUUCCCACACAGCAGUGAAUUCUUAGUUACUAUUGCUUUUCCAGACGGUCAGAAUAAAUGAAAAAUGCCAUGUGAAAAGCACUUUUAUUACCACCGCGUUGCAGAAUAUCGGAUUAUUUUAUUACAAUAACGUUUUUAUUUUUUAAGUGGGGAGUGUCAGCCAUCAUUAACAUUUGAUUAGUGUUUCAGAAGCAGCACUACCACCUUGUAGCCUGAUUUCGGGGGUCUGUAGUAGGUUGGGGGGCCACUAAGGAAAACCAGGUUGCCAUUGUAAGUGAUUCUGGUGGAACAGCAGGGGACAUGGGCACUGUGCUGUAGCAGGUGCUGUUCUCCCAGUGUCAUUUCUUGCUUGCCCACCAGUCUGCUGUGCAGCUAUGUUGGUGCACUGAUACCACAGUUGUGUGUUUAACAUGGGAAACAUGACAAUAUAAAGGUUUGGGGUUUUACAUGUGUGCUCAGUUUUAUGUGUGGGGAUCCAAAAAUUGUUUUUGUAUUACAUCUGUUGGAUUAUUUGAAAAUGAAUAAAUGUGUUGUAAAACUUG